GUAGUGCUAAUUCUCUCUUGUCGUGAGGGAUGCUGUAGUAAAUGGCUAUAUUGAUUAUUUUACUGGCGCUGCCUGAAACACAACCUAUAAUACUUAUAAUACCAUAAUACUUUUAGGCGGCGUUUUAUUUGAAGUAUUCCAUUGCAUUGUAUAUUAAUAGGCCACUUCGUGCACAAAGGCGCGGUUUGGUUCUCCCUCUCAGUUAGCUAACGUUAGCGAAUCUAGUAGCUAGAUUGCUAGCUAAUGUUUGUUAACGUUAGCAAGUUCGCUGCAAUUAAGUUCCACAUCAAAGCUAGCUAGGUAACUUGCUAGGGUGUACAAGUGAUAUUGAACCGCCGCCGCCUGAAAAUGACAAACCUCUGCCAAAAGAGCAAGUGGAGCCAUGAAUCAGAGGGAAGCACGGUGAGAGAGGACACUCGGGGGGGCAUGAGGCGAUAAAAACGGAGAAAAGGAUGAUUUCGCGAUACACCAGGCGGCCGGUAACGCACAGUCUUGAGAUUCGUGGCUUAUCCCGAAGCCACCUUGACCAUCACCCUCUCCCAGAAGAGGUAGACAAUGACUUCCUCCCCCAGCACCUCCAUGACCUUCAGGAAGCUGUCUCCACUUACAACAGCUCUGAGACGACGUCUGCAGCCUCUAACCGGUCAGACUCUCCAACGGUCACCACUGGAAACACAACGCGGGCCUGGUCUGGGAUCCACAGCUACACAGGGACAGGCAUCUCUACAGAGAGGAGCUCUGUCUUCUCCUGGGGCUAUGAUGAGUUUGACAAGGCGGCGUCGCGACAGGUGCAGCAGAUGUUUGAGGAGAUUGAUGAGGAGCUUUACGAGGGGCGGGGUGGGGCGCAUCUACUGGGGCUGCAAGAUGAGUGUCAUCAGUGGGCAUUCAGGUUCCCUCACUUACGGAUUCUGGGUAGUCAGCUGGUGUGUCCCAGUGACGAGGGCUUUCAGUGGUACGCCACCUCAGGGAAGGGGACCGGGACACCCGCCAGCACCACUGCAGCUGGACAGAAGGACAGCAGUAGUAGCAAGCCCCAGGAUAAGGACAAGCCCGGCCCCAGCACAGAUCUGUGUGUGCAGGGGAAAAGGGCUGUGCUGUCCAGGCCCUGUGUGGCAGUUGACCACCCCCCUGGUACUCCCAGUGGAUCCAGAGGUCAUGACCGGCCCAAGGUGAUCGAGGCUGAAGGCCUGAUGGAGGAGUACCUGGCCUUUGACAGCAGGGACAUGGAUGACGAGUGGGAGCGGGGGUGGGUGGGGGCUGGUCGGCGGCGGUACUGCCUGCCUCCUGUGUCUCCCUAUCGCUGUCGCAGACAGGCGGCCCUGGACUUGCUCUUUGACGACGUGUGGCGAGAGCUGGUUGGCUGGAUGGAGGAGCUGGUCCGCAGGCAUUGGGAGGGCUAUGUCUCAGAUGAUGAGAAGACUGCAGUGAACUUCAGCCCAUCACAGUCUGAUGCUGAGAAUUCUUUCCUGCUUCUGUCCACACUUCCCACCCUUCUCCCCAGGCUAGGCCAGAUCAGGGUGCCCCAGCUAACAGGCAGCCUGCAACCCCAGUCCAGUCGGGUACCAGUAGGGGCAGCGGUGACGCAUCACAACCUCAACGACCUCAUAGUGAUCCACGGCAUCCCCCUGCAGCAGAGGAACCUGGGCGCGAUGGAGAGAGCCCAGGACCCUGAGGAGAGGGUGGUGGUGACCCAUCGGCCAGGGUCCAGCGUGAUCCCGUCCAGCAAGCCCCGUCCUCGCCGGGCGCUAGAGCAGAGCUCUUCCUCCCUGUCCCGUCCGCCCCAGUCGGCGCUACGCCGUAACCCCCCCCCACGCACCCUUCUGCCCUUGGUUCCCUGCCUGACACAGUUCAGUGCCGCCGGCUCCAUGGAGGAGGUCAUCCGUGGGACACGCCUACCCACAGCCAGUGACUGCCUGGCCUCGCCUCUGAUACCUCUGAGCAGGAACACACUCCUUCCCCCCAUCGGCACAGGAGAAGCUGAACCCACGCAUUCUGGACAGCACUUCAGACCUACUCAGCGGCAUAGAGGCUUGUCCAGUCGUGCCCAUAGUGCUGUUACAGAUGAAGCUGGUAGUUUGCUUCCUCGGGAUCGGCUUCAUCAAUUGGACGUAUUCUCCCGUCCCAACACCACCCACACCUACAGGUCAGACACACCUUACCGCCGUUCCUUCACGGUGCUGGACAACAUUGGACAGGGGCGUCCUGGCAGAGAAUCUUUGGGUACAGACUCUUUGGGCAUCGGAGUGAUGGGCAUCAGUCUGGGCAUCAGUCUGGGCAUCAGCAGCUCCUCCUUCCUGGACUCCUUCAUCCACCACCCUCUGGGCCACUCCCCCAUCAAGGAUGAGGAGGAGCCUGACACACAAGCCCCUCCCCCAGCUGUACUGGUGCCUGUGUCAGUCCCAGCACGCUCCUACAGCCGGGGGGGCUUCACAUCCCGCAGUAGCAGACCUGGGUUGUAGCACCUUCAACCGGUUGUCAUUAGUUAACACAGCCACAAAGUCAUAAUUAUCAUUAAACCCCGCCCAUUUCUACAAUAUGAUUUUGAACCUAACCACACUGCUAACCAUAUGCCUAACUUUAAAGUAAAAAAUAAAAAGCUAUACAUUUUUUGCCAAUUUUGACUUUGGCAGUGGAAUUUGGCUUUGUGGCUGGGUUAUCAUCCUCGGCCACCUCCACCAACCUCAGCCCGGCAGGAUGCAAGGCCCUGCUGCCACUCCCAACGGGGCCUUCAAACAACACUUUAUACAACAAGGAACAUUUCCACAUUGUACUGUUAGGUGAUUUUAUUUGAUGCUAUUUUUUGUUUUUCUAGAGCCCUAUUUUUGUAUGUUGGAACUCUGUUUACCUGGCUGCCAAAAACAGUAACCUGUCUUAUUAAACCUAACUGUAUGUAUGUUGGUAUAUACUGUAUGUUUGGAUGGAUAUAUGUCAAUGUAUAUGUUCUCUGAUCUCUAUACUCUUAAAUUAUUCUAUGCAGGGAAUGAGUCGUUCUACGAAAAUGGUGGCUUUUUGACCAGCCAAUAAAAAGUUUUUACAAAUUAGUCAGAUAAUAGUUAAUGCUGUAACAACGUUAAUGAAAAUAAAUGACAGCGUAUUUUUUGUUGUUGUAUAUUACAUUAAAAUGCUUGUGUUGCCUUUGUCACCGGUGUUCCCUAUAUUUUAAUGACAAUUAAGGCUUUCCAGAAUGUAAUUUGAGUAUUUACUUUACAUAUAUAAUCCAAGACAAAAAAGGUUAAUGAUAAAAUAAAAACAUUUUCUUUAAACAAAACACAUUCUUCUAUAACACCAGUGACAAAUCAUCAGACUGUUCUAAUAAAAACAGCAGGAACAAUAACCAGUGAAAAAAAAUAGAAUAUCUAAGAUGGUGGCCACAGUAGCUCAAACCACACUUCUUAAAUUGUGAAUAAAUGA